CUAUUGCCUGGUAAUAUGGUAAUGAUGCAAUCAUCCAGUGCGGACACGAGUCGUGCGCAAUUGAGUCCUAACUCAAGUCCAACCUCACCACGGUCGAAUACAUCGCCCGCGAAUGAUUCAAACCCCAAAUUCCGACUGGAGCGACCAAAUUUCACGAAAUUCGACACAAUUUUAAUGUCGCGCUUUCAGGAGUCAAACGAAGACAUUGUGGACUCAAACAAACCCCUAUUGUUCUCAUCCAAAGACAACCAUGACUUGGAUUCAGUUAAUGGCAAAUUCACAAUAGAGCGACUAAAACAGUUAACAGAUCACAGUAUAAGUCGAUUAAGUCCAGCAGAAGAAAACCGCCCUACAAGCCCUUUCCACAUAGAAUCAAAGUUCACCAAUAACAAUACAAAUAGCAACAACAAUAACAAUCUUCUAUCACCACAACACCGGAAAGUCAACGACGAAGAAAUCGUUUCGCGAAAUUUAACCAUUCACCACCCGUUCCCGAUCAAACAGCAUAUCCACCAACAACUUCACCAACAUCAUCAUCAACAACAUCAUCAGCAAACAUUAGUCGGACUUUCGGACAAUGAAUCGCACUUGCAACAACCUAAUCAACAGCGACUCUCCCCGCCGUCAACAAUGCAACAUUCUCCCGGUGGACCAAAUACCAACGAUUUGGAUAUCGAAAGGAUCAAAUUGGCCACGGCCGCUGCAGCUGCAGCUCGAACUAUGGCUAAUGGACGGCCAGAAUUGAGUGAUUAUGGAUUUAGGAUACAGUUGGGCGGUUUACCUGCAACAAAUUAUGCACGAAGUGACACGAGCGAGGAGCUAAUUGUUGAUGGAAAUGAUGAUGAAGAGGAUAGCAAUUCGCAGGAAGCUCCGUCGGUAUGCCCUGUCGACCUAACCCGGUCCGUUAGUGCAACAACGAAUACGUCCACAGAACAAGAAACUUCGAAUAAAAAAUUAGCCUUUUCCGUCGAAAAUAUUCUGGAUCCGACAAAGUUCACGGGGAAAAAAGAAUCACAUCAGUACACAUCUCCCCGGCAGUGGAGCUGUAGUAGCGGAAGUUUUGAUCGAGAUGAUACAAGGGAGCGGUUGGAGGAUGAACAAAGUGAAUCAACAUCAGCUCAAGAUGUCGGAGAAAUGGAUCAAGACGAAUGCGAUGAAACUGUGGGAAGUGAUAUCGAUGACCACGCCAGCGAAACAGACUCGAAGAAAGGAGGCAGUCGAAACUCACGAGGAAGUUCAUCCGAAAGCAAAUCUCAAGGCAAUAGCUCGAAACCCAGAAGAGCAAGAACCGCGUUCACAUACGAACAACUUGUAUCAUUGGAGAACAAAUUCAAGACUACAAGAUAUCUUUCGGUUUGCGAGCGAUUGAAUCUAGCGCUUAGUUUAAGUCUGACUGAAACUCAGGUGAAAAUUUGGUUCCAAAAUCGCCGAACAAAGUGGAAGAAACAAAAUCCUGGAAUGGACGUUAAUAGCCCAACCGUCCCACCCCCAUCUGCUGGAGGUACAUUUGGACCUGGAGCCUACGCCAGCAGCCUUCUGUACCCUCAUGCAGUCCCAUAUCCUCCGUACGGUCCAUAUUUUCAUCCACUAGGUACGCAUCACCUCAGUCAUUCACACUCAUAAGGCCACGCGUUUUGCAUGCGCUCCAUAACCAAGGUGAACCCACGUUGAGGAGCUUUUCAUUUGGAGAUUUGAUUUUACUUUACCUAUCUUCGUAACUGAACUGCUAGAUACCUGUGGAGCGGAAGAAGUUUCGUCACAAAGCGGAUAAAAGCACUCUUUUGUAAAUAGGAAAUGUUAUGGGAGGACAGGCCGCAUGCAUCCUUUAUGAGGAAGUGUUAGCGUACAAUAGUAAUGGAUAAUGUAAUAUAGCAACCUAUGUAUAUCCUAAAAUUAGAAUAGUUUUCCAUAUUCAAGAAUCCUGGAUUAUUUGUAAAAUGUAAGUAGUCUAAUAUAUGCUGGAAAUUGUGAUGAAUCGAUUUAUAAAUAUUUUAAGAUAGUCUAAAUAGAAAACAAAUGAUUCCAGGUCGGGUUUAUUGCAAACGAAAGAAGAUACUCUAAGUGAAAUUAAAUUCUGAGAAGAUGCUUUUUCAGUGAAUACAUUUUGUUGAAUGAAAACUGACACAAAAAAAGAAAUGAAAUUUAAUUAGGUGAAAGACGCACUUCUAGUCAAUUACCCUUAAUCGGGGAACUACUUUUUCUGAUAACCAUGCGGGAAAGACACUGAAGUGCAAUUCAAUAAUUUAUUUGAAUUGAGUUUACGUUUUAUUACUUUGAAAACAACAUUUGAUUUUGCGUAACGACUCCUUAGUAUGGUCACCCAAGAUUGUAAACUAUUGUAAAAUACUAAAUUAAGGUGAAAAUCUAACAUUAAGUCAUAAGUUUAA